GAUUUAAAGUGAAUUGUGACCCUUGUCACGUGCCGAUAUUUUUAUGUUUUUUCCCCACAGUUACUAGUUCAUGUUUUACAAAAACCACGUGUAACCGGACAACAACAUUUUAUCUUUAAAACAUCAACAUAUUGUGAAUUCCUCGUGCGUUUUACCACAAGCCCGUAUUAGGAUACUACCAAAUUUUUCAGUUCGGUUAGUGUAAUAUUGUGCCUAUUUUUAGCUUACGAAGACGUACAGGAGCAUAUUUCUUAAUAUUAAAUAUUAUGUUAUGCGAAUAACGUGUGUGACUGGGUGGGGCUGUGUGAAAAAAAUCCGCAGACUCCUCAGUCCUCACUCUCAGUCAAUGAUCAAUGAAUAGGCUUUAGACGUUAUCGUCAUGGCUUGGUAGUUUUGGCUAAUCGUGUUGGUUCAGUACGCCAUGAGUUUCGUGCAUGUUUUCCAUACCAAUCACAGUUUAGUUCUGUUUGAGCCUAAUAAUUCACUUAUAAAUAAUGAAAAUAUUUAAAAAUACGACUCCUAAGUACAAAUUGAUAAAUACUGAUAGUGAUACUUACUAAGUUUACUAAGUAAAAUAAGAUAAACUUAAAAAAUAUAGAUUUUUAGGCUGCUAUAUUAUAUAGGCCUACUAUUGACUAUACUGACUAUACUAUUAGUAUUAGUAGGCCUAUAUGUAGGCCUACUAUCAGUAUCCUUUUCAGUUUUCUUCUAUACCCUGCCCUCUGAGCCUCUCUAAUAAGUCUGGCACUCCCAGCUAACCAGCCUGUGGUGUUCAGUGGGUGCAAGGCUUGGGAAUUUAAAUUAUGGCAUUAAUUUAAAUAUAAAUGAAUAGGCCUAAUAGGCCUAAAUUCUAAAUGUAAAAAAAAAUGUUCAUGGAUUUAAGACUAUUUCUUCAUUAAUAUUUUUUUAUUUGGUAAAUAUGAAAAGAUAGCACCGCGUUUUUUUACUUUAGUUGCCUCAAACUUGUGUCCUAAAUGUGUCCCUAAACCUAACCUGAACCCUAAAUCUAUCCCUAAACUUAUCCCUAACCUGGGUUUUGACCCUAUUGGAACCAGGGUUUUGACCCUAUCGGAACCAAGGUGCCAUCUCUUCACAUUAGCCAAAUAUUUUCCUCUAUGUUUUAAUUCACAAUUUUAUAUUGAAAGUUCUACAUUCUACAGUUUUCUUUGCAAUUCAAAUUGAAUAAAUAAAUUAGAAGUAAUAGAAGUCAAUUAUUUUAAAAUGUACUGUUACUUUUUUAGGGGUAGGAGACUUGGUAAAUAAUGUGUGGGAAGUGUAAGACUAGUCAAAUAUUUUGUAAGAUUAAGAUGUGUGGAGCAAAGAAAAGGUUGCAAAAUAUUGGUAUUUACUAUAUCAUAACUUAAAGUAAAAUUACUCAAAUGUCCUCUUUGUUCUUAUAGGCAUAUGCCUUCUCAGUUUUCCUUUCACUCCCUGAAAUGCCACCUCACACCCCUGCCCUUGCCCCCCAGUUUGGGAAAGCCGGAUGUAUAUAUAGGCCUAGGCCAUAACCUGUUAACUAAUACUCAUACUUCUAAUCCCUCACUUGCCCUAAGGUGUCACAAUGUGUAAUAAAUCAUUCAUUCAGAAUAAUAAUUAAUAACAGACCUAACAUUAAAACCCAUUAGUAAUGUUGGAUUGUUGGGCCUACAUUAGAAAAUGACAAUAGCCGUUUCUAGCAAUACGUAAUAUUAAUGCAAUGGCAUAACUAACUCAAACUGACCUCAGUAACUGUAACUUAGAGUAACACAGUCUACCAUAGUUUCUGUUUAAUGAUGGUCAUUUUGUUAUGAAAUAUAGAAAUAUAUAUGCCUAGCCCAGUGGUUUUUAACCUGGGUUUGAUCGAACCCCAGGGGUUCAGUCUCAGGGGUUUGGCGGAGGUCCAAAAAAAAUCAGAAAAAAAAUCAUAUUUUAUUUUUCCUAUUAAGAAGGGUUCGGUGAAUGAGCAUAUGAAACUGGUGGGUUUCGGUUCCUCCAAAAAGGUUAAGAACCACUAGCCUAGCCUAUAGUCUGCUAUAAAUUGAUUGUCAAACUCAAACGAGUCAAAGAUUGAUUGAGAAAUAGGCAUAUAUUGCUAUAAUAUUAUUAGUAGGCCCGAUAGAGCCAUAUCAUUUACUGAAUUACCUCAGCUGAAUGGAAAUAAGGCUAUGUAACUCUAUAAUAACUAAAUCUUUGGAUCCACAGUGGCUUAGGCCUACUGCCUGCUUAUUUCUUAACUAAAAAUUAAGAAACAUCUUUGUGUAGAUGUUAUGACGUUAUGAUUGUAUUUUGUUUUCAAACAAUAUUGUAUCUUAAGAUUGAUGAUUGUGUAUAUAAAAAAAAACUUGAGCAUGGCUAAGACUUAUUUUGUGUUUGUGGUCUUUUUAAAAAAGUUAUGUCUUGGAUUUAACCUAGAAUUAACAAAUAAUUUAAAAAGUAAAAUGUUAUUCACUUUAGAUAAAAUCUAAAACUAAUUAAAAUAAAACAGUAAAUAAAUAAUGAGUUUGUGGUAUUUAAAGAUCUUCUAUCCUUCAUCUACAUAGGAACUACAUAUAGCAAUCGAAAAGAGAAAGACCUUGACAAAGAUAUCAUACUCACUGUAGUGUAUGAGUAUCCUGUUAUAGUGAAUUUCACAGUUACACAGUGACCGAUUGGUGAAGUGUUGACCUAUCUUUUACCACUUGGCUGAAAUAUACCUACUUCACUUUGCUGCUUCUCUACAUUCACAGGGGAGAGUGGGGGGCAGAAAUACUACAUUUGCGCUGUGUGCCCUCAAGACGAAAUGUGAGUCAAUAUUUUUGAAAUUAUUCAUAUUCAGCCUUGGAAUGCUGGGAGUUACCAAUAAAUUUUUUAAGCUUAAAUAAUACCGGUAGUGAAUAAGUCAAAAGUCUAAGUGCAUACUUAUACUUAUAGGCCUAAUAUUAUUUAGUAGUCGUCUUAGUAUUUAGUUAUAUAAAUUAUAAUUAUAGUAAGGGAAGCCCCCACCUUUUUUUUCCCUUUUUUCCUCUCUAAUUUGCUGUUACACAACCACUUGUGGAAAACUUUCAGAAGCAAUUUUAAACAAUUGAAGACAUAGCUCUCAUUAAUUAUGUCUUGAUCCAUCCCUGUUAAAGCAUGGCAACAAAUUCAGAUUAGCUUUUGUUAUGUAGCAUCAUAGAUUUCAAGAGGCUUUUAUGACAGCAAAAAUGGGGCUCUAUAUGCCUUUUUUAUGUUAUUUUUAGAUGGAUCUAUACAAAUAAAAGUCCCCCAUCAUUUUUAAAUUGCCCGUCAGCCAGCCUUUGGGAGGGAUGCACACGCUUGAGUAACAAUACAGUGCUUCAUAACUUUGUGGAGAACUUGGUUGGAUCUCUCCUGUUUUUUUCCAAAGAUGCAGAUUGUGCAAUUACAUUUAAUUUUGUUUGGGGUUGAAAGAUGAAGUGAAUAUAGUACUUCUAGAAACUUCACUAUUCCUAUGUCUCACAUCAUUGCCAUUUGGGACUCAGUUUGAGAACCCCUAGUUUUAAAGGUUGCUAUUGGGAGGGGUGUAGUAUUGAUUCUACCCUCCUCGUUUUUGUUUAGUGGGAAUAUUGGCUAUAAAUUUUUCAUCAGAUGCUAGGAGUGCAUAUUGUUGAAUUGAGUGACUGCUUCUCAAAGGGUUAGGGCCAUUAUUGAUUGCUUUAUAGGAGGCUCACAAUGUAAAAACUAUAUUACUUUCUGCAGGGCUUAUGAAUCUUUUGUGCGUCAUUUAUCAUUUUUUUAAAAGACUCAGUUGAUCUUAUGAGUCACAACCAAUGUAAUAAAUAUUAGGCUGAAGUUUUGAAAAGUAAUGUAUUCAUGGAUGUAUCCUGAACCAAUGUUAUAUUGGGGAGCUGCCUGUUUAAAAAUUUGAGGACCUUGAGGAAGGUACUCACAAAUAAAGGCACCAUUAUUUUUAUUGCAGCAGGUGAGAAAUUUACAUCCUUUUGUGUGUUACUUUCACCAGCUGUGCCCUGAUAAAGUUGUAACGAGGUGAAGUUACUGAUAGUGAACAUUUUCUAGAGCGCACAUGUACGCCUUAAGCAAACUUGGGAAACUUUUAGCUAUUUACCAAUUAUCAAGCUUUAUUUAACUUCUUGUAAAGGUAAUUCUUGUGUGUGUUGGUCUUUUUAUAGCUGCAUAUUACAGCUAAAAUACACCAGAUUGUAAACAAAUAGAAUUUCGUUGGUGAAUUAUUAUGAAAUAUCUUUCAGACUAGUUUAUAACUAAUAGCAUGAACGGUAUCAAAGAAGGAUGGUUUAGCGAAAUCAGUGAACUGUGGCCAGGGCAGUGCAUGUCUCUAGAGGUGGACAAAGUUCUUCAUCAUGAAAAGUCCAAGUAUCAGGAUAUUUUAGUCUUCAAGAGGUGAGAAUUUUUUUUAUGUAAUGCUCUAGGCAUUUUCAUCUUGUGUGGAUAACUUCUAAAGUAAACCUCCUCUCCUGUUGCUAAUUGUUAAACCUUGUAACAUUAUUUUGUUUUGUAUGUAACAUUAAUUUGUUGGGUAUAUAACAUUUUGUUGUAUUUGUAACAUUAUUUUGUUUGGGUAUAUUGAUGCCGUAAGGGUAAGUAGAGACUGAUUUCUUUUAUUAAAAACUCUUCAAAGCUUUGAUAGUAAAACAAAAAUGAUGGAAUAUAUCUUUUUUGGCAUGUUUUUUUAAAGAAACUGAAUAAUUAUACAAAAGUUAGGUUUUGUCUAGAUUGGUACUGGCUAACCUGUUGGAACUGUUAAUAAAUUUGGCCCACAUAAGCUUCAAGAUAAAUUUGCCUAAGGAUACCCUGUAAUCAAACUUUGGGCUAAAACCUAAUGUUCCUAAGUUUGCAUCCCACUGGUUGAGAUGUUUAUAAGUGCAAGCCAAAAAUAUUAAUUAAAAAUAUGUUCAUUAAAUUCACAUUGGCCAAAAAAGUCUUUAAAAAAAAAAAUAUAUUCUACAAUAAUAAUUUUAUAUAUAUCUAUAUAUAGGGCUGGAAAUGCUGACCCAUAAGAGUUAGUGAUACACAUUUUAACACAUACUAGGCAAUCAUGUCAAGUGUGUUAUGACUAUAAGAACUACUGAUGGGAGACAUUUGAAGUACAUUUAUUAUUUUAUAUACCUCUUGCAUAGCAAGACAGAAUUGUGUAAAAUAAAGUCUGGCCAAUCAUGUUUGAUUAGGUCAUGUGGAGAGUUUUGGCUUUGGGCAGCCAUGAUAAAGAUGUUGAAGUGAAAAGAGUUGUGAAUAUAUUACAGGACUUGAAUGAUACAGGAAUUGAAUGAUUUAAAUGAAGUGAGAAAGAAAUAUUUCAGGAUUUAAAGUGUUACAGUUAAAUAACCUCGUUAAAUUACUAGAAAAUAUGACCCAGUGUUACGGGAUAAUAAUGGAAGGCAUAUUGCACUAAUCUCCACCUUUUCUUGCGAAGUCUCUACAUCUAAAAAUCCAAUUUUUAUGAUCGUAAAUGAGUUUGGUUUUGAUGUAUUGCAUCCUAAGAAAAAAAACAAAAAACCAUGAUCAUACAUCUAAAAGAGUAGAAUAACUGUUACAUAACUCACCAGAACAAGGCGCAUAGGAAUUAUAUGUAGAUGCUUUGAGGAUGAGAUUUAAAGCUCAGGGAUAGGGUGAGAUUGAAACACUGAUGACACAACACAUUCAUUCAUUACCAUUAGACACUUUUAGCCCUUCACGAAUUGACAUUUGGUUGAUACAUCCCAUCCCUGCAGUCUGAUAACACAAUCAAACCAAAGAAUGGUCUGUAUUUCUGUCAGUCACACACUGCAGUGCUAUCAGUACUGGUGUCCAAGGCUAAUCAAUCGGUGACCUCUUUAUCAACUAAUGGCUAUCAUUUGAUAAACAACUUAUCAAAAUUUAUUCAAAUUAACUAUUACAUCAUACAUAAAUUAGUACUAAAAUUUAAAAUUAGCUUUGAAAUUCAGAUAAGUUGUAUUAUUUUAGCAUUGUACUUGUAUAAAGAAUAGCUAAUGGGCUCCCCUGCACAUUUUCAUUUAGAAAAUAAAAUGAAACAAGCUGUGUGCAACUUAAUUUAUGUGUGAUCCAUAGUAGCAAAUUUGUAUUUUUGAUUAGAACAUUGGUGUUGCUAUGGACCAAUCAAUCCCCCCCCCCCCCCCCCCAAAAUAUAAAAAAAACAACUCUGCAGAUGUUGCCUCUUAAUAUGUAGCAAGGAUUUUUUACCUUUUUGCAUCCACCUGUUUCAAAACAUACAUCCCUGACCACAGGGAUUAAAAGUGCUAAUAAACACGAUUUACUGUGUCCUCCCUCACCCCAUGACAGUGUCGCUGCUCUGCCCCACCUCCUCUGUCCCACACUUCCUUUACUUGUGAAUCUGAGAGUUUGCAACCUGAAAGGGAUGUCAUUUUUGCUGCUAAUAUUUUGAUUAAUAUUUUUGCUCUCCCAUUUUGCAGUAAAACUUUUGGUAAUGUGCUGGUCUUGGAUGGGGUCAUUCAGUGCACAGAAAAGGAUGAGUUCUCAUACCAGGAGAUGUUGGCUCACCUGCCUCUGUGUUCUCACAAAAACCCCAAGAAGGUAAUCAACUAAUUAUUUCAGAUUUAACUUUCACCUGCUGUGAGGAAAACGAAACAUAUUUUUUGGUUUUGUUUAUUAUGGUCAAAGGAAAUAGUUUAUUCCAGUUCAGUGUAAGAUAUCAUUCAACAGUAACAGAAAAUCUGUUGAUUUUAUUUUAAAAAUAAUUCUUAUCACUAUUUUUUUGUUUCUUCAUCUCCAUGUUCCUUUGUGUGUUCAAGUUUAAACCAUGUUUCAUUUAUCUGUUUUGCAAAUCAAAAUAUUAUUUAAUAUAAUUGGUAUUAGUAGUUUUUAAACAUUGAAUUUCAAAGUAAUGGUAAACAACUAAUUUCACAUCCAGGUACUCAUAAUAGGAGGGGGUGAUGGCGGCGUGGCAAGAGAGUUGCUGAAACACGAUUGUUUAGAAGAGGUCCAUAUGUGCGAGAUAGAUGAGGUAAGCAUCAUUGGAUAUAAGCACUUUUCUUGAUUUCAUCAUGAUUUUCCCUUUUAAAAAAAUUCACCCAAAGAUUUUUUACUGCCAACUGUUUCAUUAUUAAUUUUUCUCACACAAGACAUGAGUGUUGUCUGUGUUGGAUGAUAGAUUAUCAAUCAUGGAGAGGUUAAAUUUUAGUCUGGCAAUUCAUUUUAGGCUUUCAAUAUUAUUAUUCCAAUAUUCCAAAUACAUAACCUUUAAUUAAAGCAAGAGCUGUUAAUAUGCCAGUGUUGUAACAUUAUUUGGCACGGAAAACUGUUUGUUGUUCUAGGCUGUGGUUGAGGUCAGUAAGAAAUAUCUGCCAGGCAUGGCCAGCAGCUUUUCCAACCCAAGACUGACCCUGCACAUCAUGGAUGGGUUUGAGUACAUGGGGCAGCACCAAGGGGAGUUUGAUGUCAUCAUAACUGACUCCAGUGAUCCCAUUGGUGGGUUUUAAUGGAUUUAUGUUACAGUACAUCUGUUUGGUGGGUUUUAUUGAUUUAUGUAGCAAACAAAAUGGCGGGAUCGUUGAAUUAUUUAACAAUUGAUAGGUGGUAGCUAUUGUUUUAAAAAUGUUAAGUUUCUUCUCUUCAUGUACAGGGGUUGUUAAUGAAAAUGUUGACAAAUGAACCCAGAUCCAGUUUUGUUGUUAUGCAAAUGUUGACAUUUCAAAUGACACCUGUCUUUCCCACAGGACCUGCUUCGUCAUUGUUUCAGAAACAAUACUAUGAGUUGAUGAAGAAGGCACUGAAGCCCAAUGGUAUUGUGUGCAGUCAAGGUGAGGGAUAGACAGGCUUUUCAUGUUGUUAAAUAGUGAACUGAACAUCACACUUGUGAACAUCAAGAACUUUUGUCAGCAUAUGUUUUAACUCAUUCCCGGCGGUUGCGACGAAAUGCGUCCUUUGGGGGAUUUGACGGAUGCGUCCAAAUGCGUCUCGGUGCAUAGCGACACACCUCUUAUUUUUAGUUUAAAAUAGCAAUGAAAUCUCGCGUCCCUCGAGACUACUGGCUAUGGCGUGAUUUCUACUAUAUGUAGCAUGUGUUCGUCCGAGGUGCCAAAAAAUCUAUAUUUUGGAGAUUAUUCAUUAUUUUUUCGCCGCUAAUGUUAUAUUUUUAUUAAAUCUUAUUCAUUUUUUGAGGCAUUCGUCCUUAAUUCAUUAACAAUUACUAUUAAUUAGCAGCUUAAAAAAUAUUUUUAAAAAUGUAAAUCAAUUUCAAAACUGAGUUGCUUCCCUUAUCUCAGGAAAAUAAAUAAGUACGGAAGUAGCACUGCCGGAGGAAAUGAGUUAAGACAUCUAAAUCUGCUAUACAGUUUGUUACAUUUGACACCUGCCUGGUACUUUUGUGCACAUUUGAUGGAGUUCACUUGUGAUGUUAACUCCCACGUCUUAGUUGGCUGCUGUCUUACCACUUGUGUGAUUGAGUUCUUAUUUUGACUCAGGGGUUACCCACCCCCCCAAGAGUAGCUGCCUGGCUGGGCUGACAAGUCUUAUUUCCUGAAGUCUCGUGAAAUAUUUAGUGUUUAUCCAUGACCUGCUGGUGGUCAGUUUCAUCAGCUUUUUUUGAAUGAUUGGUGUACAAGUUGAUGUUUUAAUACUUGUGUUUCUCUUAAGUUGUGUACAUUUUAAACAAGCCACAGCUGAAUCAUUAACUGUUGACAUAUUCAAUUCUGACUCUAGGCUACUGUUUAAGUACCUGUAGGCUCUUCUUGUACACUGAGGGAGGAUUGUGUUUCCUCUGUUUUGAUGACGAUAUUGUUGAUCUGUUUCAGGAGAGUGCAUGUGGAUACACAUGGAUCUCAUCAAGAGCAUGCUGGAUUUCUGUGUCACCUUGUACCCAUCGGUGUCGUACGCGUACACAUCUAUACCGACAUACCCCUGUGGCCAGAUUGGCUUUGUUUUAUGCAGCCUGGACCCGGUCAGUUGGUCGUCUUUUGUUUUUAGUGAUAAGUGUAGAGGGUCAGAGAUGACCUAUCAGUACGUCGGUGAUGACCUAUCAGUAUGUCAGAGAUGACCUAUCAGUAUGUCAGAGAUGACCUAUUGGUAUGUCAGUGAUGACCUAUUGGUAUGUCAUUGAUCUAUUGGUAUGCCAGUGAUAACCUAUCUGUAUGUCAGAGAUGACCUAUUGGUGUGUCACUGAUGACCUAUCGGUAUGUCAGAGAUGACCUAUUGGUAUGUCAGAGAUGACCUAUUAUGUGUCAGUGAUGACCUAUUGGUAUGUCAAUGAUGACCUAUCGGUAUGUCAGAGGUGACCUAUUGGUAUGUCAGUGAUGACCUAUCAGUAUGUCAGAGAUGACCUAUUGGUAUGUCAUUGAUCUAUUGGUAUGUGAGUAAUGACCUAUCUGUAUGUCAGAGGUGACCUAUUGAUACUUCAGGAUUAACCUGUUAUGUCAUGAAUUCCAUGCUCUAAUGUCAGUGAUGAUCUUUUGAUGUGUCAGGGAAGACCCAAACUUUGUUCACCAUUUCUCUGUCUGCAUGUUUCAGGAAGUGGACUUUGAAAAUCCACUUCGUCCUUUCUCCACGGAUGAACUGAAAGAGCUGAAUAUGAAAUACUACAAUACAGACAUGCACAAGUCUGCUUUUAAGUUACCAGAAUUCGCUAAAAAGGUAAACUGCUGCUAUUUCUGCAUGCACAAAUGAACCAACAUGAAGCUAAGUAAAUUAAUCAGUUUAAUAAUAGUUUAUAGAAUUAGGUAAUUUGAUCAAAUCACAGUAAAAUGGGACAUUGUUCACAUUUUUUUUCAAAGAUUUAAUAUUUGUUAGUGAACAGUUUUAUAUCUGAGAUAAUUUUCAUUCUUUGCUUUAGUACAAUGAAUCAAAUUGCGUUUGGUAGAAAAUGUUUAAAUUCCUCUUGUUUAAUUAGUUAAUCAGGCUUUAAAAAAAAAAACCCAGUCUCCUCCAAGCUUGGAUUUAUGUUGCAAGUGAAUGUUUCAUUGAAAUGGACUUGGUGACUAAUUGUUAGGAAUGAAAGAUUCACCUGCAGAUACGCCUGCUGUAGGGCAGAUCUCAGUAAACCUUUUUUUUUAUUUGAGAGACACCCUAGAUCUUUCUUAGAUUUGCACAGCACAAGUAAAAUCUGGCAAAAUAUACUAAAAAACAUAAUGUAGUUCAUUCAUAACGUUGUGUAAUGCUAAAAGGUAUAAGAUGACAGUGUAUUGGUCUAUAUUAAUUGUCUGUAUUGGACACAAUUGUGUUUUCACAGGGUUUGACAGUGUCCAUUUGUAGCAACAAGCUAUAUUUAUCUACCUACUAAUACUUUGGGCUUUCCUCCUCUUGGAAGCUUUUGCACGGCACAUCUUGGAUCACCUCACGGAUUACCAGUGUGCAGCGACACACCCAUUUUUGCUUUAGGGUUACAUGCAUUAUCAUAAAUGUCUCCUUUGAGUUGUUCCUUGUCAGACAUUGUGUAUUACUAUUAUACACCGGAGCAGAGCAAGAGUAACAACUCCAGAGCCUGGCCCAGACAGGAACAAGUUUAGAUUGACCGUUUCACUCAGAACAAUUAUUUAAACUCCUUCUUUCUGUGAUACUUAAUUUUCCAACACUUAAAAUCUAAAACAAGUUUGCUCAAAUGUAUCUUUUUUUUUAUAUGAUUAAGGUCCUCAAGUGCCGUAAGUCCAGCACCAGCAAUGGAUGUUGAAGUGAGUGGCUGUAGGAACAAGUCUCUUGUGUGGUCAAGUCUGUGGCUAUAGGUCCAAAUCUCUUGUGUGGUCAAGUCAGCCAAGGUUUUCCUUACAAAGUCUACACUUUUAUUACUGCCUUUCUUGUUCAAUUCAAUUUUUCAAUUUAACGAAAUUCUCUCUGUGUGAAAUAAAAUUUAUUUACUGAUUGGUACCUGUAAAGAAUCAACUUGGCCGUUUAUGUUUUAAAAGUCACGAUAUCCGUGAGUUCUUGACUAAAUGUGAUUCACCAAAAACCUGUGAAAAGUGCACAAAGUGAUUGGAGCGCCCGCUGGGUUGUGGUGAUGUCUGUCAGUCUGGGUGACCAUUUAUUUCAAAUAAUUUAAAACCAGAACUUUUAAAGUUUUCAUAUCAUAACGGGCACAUUUAUUAUUUUUUGGGUUCUCUUCUCUUCUGUCAGAAAAUAAACAAUUAUUUGAGGUUACACUAACAACUCUUCUGUCUUUUUAAGAUACUACUAUUGAGAGGCCAAUUAGAUGAAAUAUAUUUUUGCAGUGUUAUUUAUUGAUUUUUUGAGUUUAUGCAUUUAUUUGAUAAAUUAAACAUUUUUUAUUCUGAAGUCUUAAAAGGGGCUCUUAAGAUCCACCACUAGCCAGGACUAAUAUCCCAAAAAACAGAACUGUGUUGGUAACAACAGUACGAAUGGUAACCUAAGUUUAAAGCCGACUAUAGGUACUUGUUGGAGAUGAUGUGGGAAAUAAUUUAGUGAACUUCAGUUGCGUUUUGGGAGUACCAGCAAAAUCACUUGAUAUCAAAUCUAUUCAGUUGUACAUGAUUGUGUUAAUUGAACUGUCCCUAGUCAACAGCUAUUUUUACCUUCAUUUACAAGCAUUUAACCCAGUGGUUCUCAAAACUUUUUCCGGCCACCGCUCCCUUUGGACCAUAAACUCACCCUGAGCGCCCCUUGUCUCAUCCCAUUAUAAAAUUAUAAGCAUGCUCAGCAUAAAAUUGUGCUCGACCAUUUGUGGUUAAUUAUUCAACAAUUAAAUGUAAAAUUGGAAAUAAAUUUGAACAUCUGAUCAACAUACAACUGAAACUUUUUACUUCCACAUUCAUUCAUUAAAUAAUAUGAUUAAUUUGAUUAAGCGAUAAUAAUUGUUAAGUGUGGUUUUAGAUAUCUGGCUUUUUUUUUGGUAAGUUAUUUUUAAUGCGAUUGGAUGCAUAGGCUUGGUAAAGAAACAUACGUUUUUUUUUAUCACUAUCUUACUUUGUUGACUGUGUUCAUAUUUAUAUGCUGAAUUCUUACCUGGAGCAAAGCGGGAUGGCCGCAAUAAAACCACCUUCCACCAGAUACAAUGGUGAGAAGGAAAAAAGUCACUUUGCGGCAAUCUUCCACACAUCAUAUGAUUACAGAUAUAGUGUGGCCAAAUCUAAAAGAAAAUUCUAAUAUUGCUAAAACCAUCUUCCGUAGAAAAUUUGAAUGGUCGCAAAGUAAUUCCCAGUACACAUCUUUUAAGGCCAAUUUUGUAUUUGAAUAGUUACUAUUAAAAUCCAAAUGAAGAGGAGCUGAUUUGGUAUUUAGAAUAUUGAUCUCAAUCACCUGCACUGCAAAGUGACUUUUAUUGACUUGAGCAAAUAUUUCUCAUUUGGCAAUCUUAUUUGUAAUGUCUUCAGUGUCACUACCAAGAUUUUAACAUUUAUGCAAAGAGCGUCAGAAUGAAGAGACAAACUCUGGAUCGUUUUUAAGACAGAACGUCAGAAAUAGAGUGUGCUUUAUUUUAAAUAAAUGCAGUAAUAGCCAGAGUUUUUUUUAGCAACCAGAUGCUGGUGAUGAAUGGUACAAAAACAGUAAAGAAAUUUGACAUAAUAAACAAAAAAACGGUUGCGGUCAGUCAUGGAUAGUUGCAUGGAUCAAUUGCACCGUUUGUAUAUUAUGCAAUCAGCUGUCAUUUCCUUGUCAUGGAAGAACUGCUCUAAAACACGUAAUACUGCUUCCUGCCAGUGCCCCCCAAAAUAUUCCAAGCCUUUCAGUGCCCCCUUUGAGAACCACUGAUUUAAUCUUCUCUUUUUCUACAUUUCAUUUUUUUUUACCUCCUUUCCAAAGAUCUUACCAAAUUUAUUGGGAUAUAAAAAUAACUUGUGAUGAGUCGGCAUCCUGAUGUUUUGGUGAUUCACCCUUUUAUGAAAAAUUCAAUCAUUUUGGUUGGUUGUGGCAGGUCAGCGUAGUUGAUGCUAUGUGGAUACAUUCUUUGACAUAGUCAUCUUUAAAACAGGAUGUUUGAACUUUUUAAAAUUUGUAGAAAAUUAUUGUUCACUAGCUGGGGCAAUGCAACCAAUGUUGCAUGUGGAAAAUACUAGAGGAGGUUCAUAAUCUAUAAUAAUUAUUCCUGAUGGCACUCCAUAUAUCCCCAUGCUCAGUUGUGUUUUAUUUUGUGUGCAUCUGGUUCCUACAUGAUGCAGGGGAACCAACAAAUAAGAGUGCAGCACUGUGCACAAUGAGAGCCGGGCAGACAAGAGAGAUCCACUCUGGAACUAUUAUGAUAAUUUCUCCUACUUCAAUCAUUGAAUUGUUAGUGUGGAACUGGCUAUUGCAUUCAUGCUUAAUUGUCUAUUCUUAUGUUCAUGAGGGAACAGUUAUUUUAAUGUUCACAGGGAACUUAGCUAUUAUGUUCACAUUAAAAUCAAAUGCUAUCGAUUUCUCUUUGUUUGUGUUUAUAACUAUGUGCAAUUUUUAAAAACUUAUGUUUAUAAAAUUUAUUGAAAUCUAUUUAUGAAAGAUAAAUUUGUAUAAGAAAUAAAUUUAACAAAAUAAAUGCCUUUUUGAAAACGUAUUAAAAAAAAAUUAUCUUUGUGUCCUAUUUAGAAUUGGUGUUUUUGUUCAUUAUAUUAAGAGGGCAUUUGAAAAACAAAAGAAUGUUCUUUUAACUAUAAGUAAGUAAGUUUCUGAUUGAUUUAAGUAGGUCACAUAUCAAUUGAUAAC